AUGCCUACUGAUGAUUCACCACCGCCAGUCCAGAAUGAUAUAGUGGAUGAAAAUGAAGGUGAGGAUAACUCAAAAACUAACAUUGAGCAAGGGAAUGUAGAUGAAGUAAGGAAGCAAAAAGAGAAGGUUACUGAUUCUCCUACACCACCACUACCUUUUCCCCAUAGGAUGCAUAAAUCCAAGGUCGAUAAAGAACUUGAUAAGCUCUUGGCCAUGGUCAAGAACCUUGAGAUAACAGUUCCUUUUACUGAUUUAAUUUCUCAAGUACCCGUGUAUGCUAAGUUUUUGAAAGAUAUGAUCACUAAGAAGAAGGAUUUUGGUGGUAUAUAUGGAGUUGCUCUAACUGAAGAGUGUGCUUUAUUUAUUGAUAAGGCUUUAUGUGAUCUAGGAGCUAGUGUAUCUGUUAUGCCUUUAUCUAUCUGUAAUAAAAUGAACUUAGGAGUUUUAAACUGCACGCAGAUUCCUUUGCAGAUGGUAGAUCAAUCUGUGAAAUAUCCUCUGGGUAUUUUAGAGGAUGUACCUGUUAGGGUUGGAAAAUUCUAUAUUCUUGUUGAUUUUGUAGUACUAGAUAUGGAGGAGGAUAGUCAAAUCCCUAUCAUCUUUGGUAGAUCUUUCUUAUGUAUGCUGGUGCUGUUAUUGAUGUCAAGUCCGGAGAUUGCUGGAGAUGAUGCUCCUCGAGCCUUAUUAGAUGAUCCGUUGGACGUUGUUCUUGCUUUUGGAGCCUCAAAAGGAGAAGUUGAUGAUGAAAUAGAUUCUUUGCUCCCUGAUUUGGCUGGCUUUGACACUGAUGAGGCCGAAGGUUUUGAGGUAAUGCAAAUCACUUGUUCCACUUCUGAGCCACAUGUUAAGAAGGUAGAAUUAAAACAAUUACCCUCUCACCUUAGGUAUGCAUUACUUGAUGAUAAUGAGAAUCGUCUUGUGUUUGUGAGUGUUAAACUUGAUGAUAGCCAGCUUUUAGAUCUCCUCACUGUGCUUCGCAUGCAUAAGAAAGCUAUUGGAUAUAACAUUGACGAUCCUAAGGAUUUCAUUGAGAAUAUCAUGGAGGUAUUCAUGGAUGAUUUUAGUGUUCAUGGUUCUGACUUUGACAUGUGUUUGCAUAAUCUUUCUAAGGUCCUUAAACGUUGUUGUGAUGUUAAUUUGAUCCUGAAUUGGGAAAAGUUCCACCUCAUGGUCAAUGAAGGAGUGGUACUUAGUCAUCUUGUUUUUGAACAUGACAUCCAAGUUAACCGAGCAAACAUUGAGGUGAUUGAGAAACUUCCUCCUCCCGUGAAUGUCAAGGGAGUGAGGAGUUUUCUUGGUCAUGUGGGUUUCUAUCGUCGUUUUAUAGAAGAUAUUUCUAAAGUCGCGAAACCCCUAACUCAAUUAUUGCUUAAGGAUGCCACUUUUGAUUUCACUGAUGCGUGUUUGGAGUCCUUUGACAGGAUUAAGAAAGCGCUGAUAACUGCUUUAAUCAUACAAACUCCAUAUUAG